CGCGGUGACGGAGCGCGGCGGCCGCGGCCCUUUGUUGGCGGCGGUUGAGGCGCGGCGGGGCCGGGCCGGGCCGGGGCCAACGGCGGCGGCGGCGGGGCCGGGCGCGGGGAGGCCGCGGGAGCCGCCGCCGCUCCCUCAGCGCCUCGCCAUGGACUCGGACGAGGGGUACAACUACGAGUUCGACGAGGACGAGGAGUGCAGCGAGGACAGCGGCGCGGAGGAGGACGAGGAGGACGAGGAGGAAGACGAGCCCGACGAUAAUCUGGACCUGGGCGAAGUAGAGCUGGUGGAGCCCGGGCUGCGCGUCGGCGGGGAGCGCGACGGGCUGUUGGGCAGCGAGACGGGCGGGCUGGGCCCCGGCGGCGGCGGCGGCGGUGGCGGCCUGGGCGGCGGACCGGGCCCUGGCGGCGGCCCCGAGCAGGAGGAGGAUUAUCGCUACGAGGUGCUGACGGCCGAGCAGAUCCUGCAGCACAUGGUGGAGUGCAUCCGCGAGGUCAACGAGGUCAUCCAGAAUCCAGCGACUAUCACUCGAAUACUGCUUAGCCAUUUCAACUGGGAUAAAGAGAAGCUGAUGGAGAGGUACUUCGAUGGCAACUUGGAGAAGCUCUUUGCAGAGUGUCACGUAAUUAAUCCAAGUAAAAAGUCGCGAACGCGCCAGAUGAACACCAGAUCAUCAGCCCAGGACAUGUCCUGUCAGAUCUGCUAUCUGAACUACCCAAACUCCUACUUCACUGGCCUAGAGUGUGGACACAAAUUCUGUAUGCAGUGCUGGAGUGAAUAUUUAACUACCAAAAUAAUGGAGGAAGGCAUGGGACAGACCAUUUCAUGCCCUGCCCAUGGCUGUGAUAUCUUAGUGGACGACAAUACAGUUAUGCGUCUGAUCACAGAUUCCAAGGUUAAAUUAAAGUACCAGCAUUUAAUAACCAAUAGUUUUGUAGAGUGUAAUCGACUGUUAAAGUGGUGUCCUGCCCCCGACUGCCACCACGUCGUUAAAGUCCAAUACCCGGAUGCUAAACCCGUGCGCUGCAAAUGCGGCCGUCAGUUCUGCUUUAACUGUGGUGAAAACUGGCAUGAUCCUGUUAAAUGCAAGUGGUUGAAGAAAUGGAUUAAGAAGUGUGAUGAUGACAGUGAAACCUCUAAUUGGAUUGCAGCCAACACAAAGGAAUGCCCGAAAUGCCACGUCACCAUCGAGAAGGACGGGGGCUGCAACCACAUGGUCUGUCGGAACCAGAACUGCAAGGCGGAGUUCUGCUGGGUGUGUCUGGGCCCCUGGGAGCCCCACGGAUCUGCCUGGUACAACUGUAAUCGCUACAAUGAGGAUGAUGCAAAGGCAGCAAGGGAUGCACAGGAGGAAUUAACACAGCGAUCCCGAGCAGCCCUGCAGAGGUACCUGUUCUACUGCAACCGCUACAUGAACCACAUGCAGAGCCUGCGCUUCGAGCACAAGCUCUACGCUCAGGUGAAGCAGAAGAUGGAGGAGAUGCAGCAGCACAACAUGUCAUGGAUCGAGGUGCAGUUCCUGAAGAAAGCAGUCGACGUCCUCUGCCAGUGUCGUGCCACACUCAUGUACACUUACGUCUUUGCCUUCUACCUCAAAAAGAAUAAUCAGUCCAUUAUCUUUGAGAAUAACCAAGCAGACUUAGAGAAUGCUACAGAGGUGCUUUCUGGGUACCUGGAGCGAGAUAUAUCCCAAGAUUCGCUGCAAGACAUAAAGCAGAAAGUACAGGAUAAGUACAGAUACUGCGAGAGCCGGCGGAGGGUUUUGUUGCAGCACGUGCAUGAAGGCUACGAGAAGGACCUGUGGGAGUACAUCGAGGACUGAGCCCGGCCCCGCAGCAAUGAACUCUGAACCCUUUCCCAUCCUAGAGUGCUCAUGCAAUUCCAAUAAAACCCACCCAGGGCGCUGCUCCGCCUCUUACACCGCUGGUCUGUAGUACCGGGAUUCUGUUUUGUUAACAGAAAAAUUAAGUAAAUUAUAUUGUAAUAAAAAAAAAAGGUAGAUAAACCAUUGUACAACAGUAUUCUAGGCGGCCAAGAGUGUGACAGACGCACUAAAAAACCCUCCAACUUUAACUUGUAACGUAGCUUCAUUCUCCAAGCCGACUCCUUUUUCUUUUCUCUCUUUCUUUUCCUGUGUGUAGUACAGAUGAAACUUAAACCAGUUUCUUGACACUGCUUUUCAUGUCCAAACCAGCCAUUUUGAUGGACUUUGGUAAGGGGGGGUGGCUCUCCCGCCCCCCUCCUCCUCUCUGCCACCCAAAUACAUGGAUGAAUGUGGAUUGGCUCAUUGUAAAGAGGAUUUCUGGGGAGGGAAGGAGGGGGGUACACAGCAAGGAAAAAAAAAAAAACCCAACCUUUGUAUAUGACUUUUAAAACAAAAAGAGGACAACACAGUAUUUUUCAAAGUUGUAUAUAGUGCAUAUGCAUGGACAAAGAGCAAGCGUGGCACGUGUUUGCAUAAUGUUUAAUUACAAAAAAUAUUUAUUCUUUAAAAAUCUUCAAGAUUAUGUCUA